GCUGUCGGCUCGGCGCCGGGGAGGGCCCGGCUCAGCCUGCGGGAGCCGUCGAGGAGGCGGGCCGGGAGGAAAGAGGCGCCGCGGGGAGUUGCAGCUAUAGCCAUGCCCUCUUUCCGGCAGGUUGGGGAGAAGCAGCUUCCCCAAGAAAUAAUCUUCAUGGCCUGGUCUCCCAAGAGGGAUCUGAUUGCCCUUGCGAACAAAGUUGGAGAGGUUUUACUUCAUCGACUGGCAAACUUUCAGCGAGUCUGGAGUUUGCCCCCGAGUGGAACCACGGGGAAAGAAGUGACAGCCCUUGCGUGGAGGCCAGAUGGCAAAAUUUUGGCUUUUGGCCUUGCUGAUACGAAGAGAGUUAUCCUGUGUGAUGUAGAGAAGCCAGAAAGCCUGCAUUCGUUUUCUGUGGAAGCUCCAGUCACUUAUAUGCAUUGGAUGGAAGUAACGGAAGAAAGCAGUGUUCUCACUUCAUUUUAUAAUGCUGAGGAUGAGUCAAACCUUCUUCUUCCUAAACUACCUGCACUGCCAAAGAACUACAGUACCACCGCAAAAAUUUUUAGUGAAGAAAAAUCAGAUGAAAUUAUGAAACUCAUGGGCGAUGUCAGGCUGAAUGCUCUCGUUCUUGGGAGCAGUUCUGGCUUUAUUGAAAUUUACGCUUAUGGGAUGUAUAAGAUUGCCACAGUAACGGGGGUGGCUGGCUCUUGCCUUGCUUUAUGCCUGUCGAGUGACUUGAAAUCGUUAUCCAUUAUUACCAAAGUAGAAGUUUCUCCAGAGAGCGAGCCGGAAAUAACAUACUUCCAGUUCGACACCAGUCUGCUAUCAACAUAUUUGCCUGAAGUGACUCGAAUGGCUCGGAAGUUUACACACAUUUCAACUCUUCUGCAGUAUAUCAAGCUGUCACUGACGUGUAUGUGUGAAGCUUGGGAAGAAAUACUAAUGCAGAUGGAUUCACGGCUGACUAAAUUUGUACAGGAAAAAGACACAGCCACAUCUGUGCAAGAUGAAUUCAUGCAGUUAUUGUUGUGGGGUAAGGCAAGCCUUGAACUUCAGGGUUUGCUAAUGAGUCAGCUAACAGUGAAGGGCUUAAAAAAACUUGGCCAAUCCAUGGAGUCCUCGUAUUCCAGCAUCCAAAAGCUUGUCAUAAGUCAUCUGCAAAGUGGCUCUGAGGCCUUGCUGUACCAUUUAAGUGAAUUGAAAGGAAUGGCAUCAUGGAAACAAAAAUAUGAAUCUCUUGGAUUGGAUGCAGUAGGAAUAGAAGAAGCGAUUACCGCCGUGGGCUCUUUCAUCCUGAAAACAAAUGAGUUGCUUCAAGUUAUAGACAGCAGCAUGAAAAAUUUCAAAGCUUUUUUCCGGUGGCUAUACGUAGCCAUGCUGAGGAUGUCGGAAGAUCACGUCCCUCCAGAGCUGAACAAGAUGACUCAGAAAGAUAUCACUUUUGUUGCUGAUUUUCUUACUGAACACUUCAAUGAGGCACCUGAACUCUAUGACCGUAAAGGGAAAUACUUCAAUGUGGAAAGAGUUGGCCAGUAUUUGAAAGAUGAAGAUGAUGAUCUCGUGUCCCCGCCUAACACAGAAGGAAACCAGUGGUUUAACUUCCUGCAAAAUGGCAGCCACCUUAAAGAAAGCCCUUUAUUGUUUCCAUACCAUCCUCAGAAGUCACUACAUUUCGUAAAACGACGAAUGGAGGGAAUCAUUGAUCAGUGUCUACAGAAGCCAGCUGAUGUGAUUGGAAAAUCUAUACACCAAGCAGUUUGUGUGCCCUUAUAUAAAGCGUCACGAAGUGAGGAUUCAACACCUCAUCUCUUCAAGUUGCCCUUUCUAUGGAAUGAUAAAACAUCGAAUUUGCAUUAUGUUUUGUUUACGAUGUUGGAAAACUCCCUUUCUAAAAUGUAUAUAUUGAAGAGGCAUACAGAUAUUUCAAGGUCUGCUAACAAUGAAAUACUUGCCAUUGAUUUUGGAAGCUUCCUGAACAGUAUUAAUGAAAGCUCGGGUACAAGCUUCUACAGUUGUCUCGAUGCCCACUUCUACGAUAAUGAGACCAUAACCGUUGUCCUCGCAGAGAAUUCCGAGCAAGAAGGGAAGGAAAGAAUUUUGGCCCAACUGCCUCUGUCAUCUGUAUAUGUGGAGGACCCCCAGGAAAUAGCAUUUACCUGGAAUUCUGACCAAAGGUUGGAUGAGCAAGCUGAUAACGUUCCAACCCAUACUGUCAGCAUACAGAGUCAGUGGCGGGUGCUGGAGAACAUGAAAGCCCAGUUUGUGGCCGUGAAUGGCAUUCGGAAAGUUUCUUGUGUGCUGAGUUCAAACCUCCGGCACGUGCGAGUGUUCGAAAUGGACGUGGAAGAUGAUGGAGAAGCCGAAGAGGAGGAGGAGGAAGAAUCAGCUCAGCACGGGGAAGCAGAGCAGGAGGAGCUCAGCCAGUCUGCAGACAUUCCCUACAACAGUGUUUGUGUGGCUGCUGCCAAGCAAGCAGAUGGAGCAGAAGAACGUGAAUCAAGCCUGGAUACCUGAGGAGCAACGUUCAUUUUCAUGCUUUGCCACACAGAGAGAAGUUGGCUUUUCAGACUUUUCUUCUUUUAAAAAAAAUUGUUUUCCAAAUCUCUUAUUUCUUGUGUGACAGCUGCAUUACCUGAGUAAAUGCAGGGAAAGACAAAAGCCGCCUUCCUCCUGUUCAUUGUGCAAAAGCGUUUUGCUGCUUUCUGUCUCCUGCAGUGCGGAGCCCCCGCGUCUCCUCCCUGUCGCCGCUGCUUCCUCCUUCCUCCCUUUUCUCCUCUUUCCCUGCCAUGUUCACAUUUCUUGCCUUCGGUGCCACCUGUGUGUGACGAUCAUGGAUAGUUGCCUCUUGCUUCUUGAAAGAAACUGCACAAGAGGGAAUUCUGUCUUGUUUUCAGUUAGUGUAUUUUGUAUUGGAUGAUAAAUUAAAAAGAGAUUAUUUUUCUGCA